UGGACUGGCAUACACUUGUAAAAAAUUAACUUACUGAAAAAUGCACUUUAAAACAAUUGUUUUAUUUUGUGAAAUCCUAGCUGUAACCUCAGCUUUGGGUAAUGCAUUUGUUGAGGAAUCGGGAUACAGCGAUCACGCUGAUAAUGGUAACGUUCGAGACGGGGCUAAGGAAUGUGAAGAUCUUGAAACAAUCAAAAAGCUUGAAUAUCUCCUGGCUCGUAUGGAACAGUUUGAGGCUCGGGAAAAAUCAUAUGUGCGCGAUAUGCAGAACUUAAGGCGCCAACUUUUGAUUCAAACUCGACGUACCGCAUCCCUCGAAGGCGUCGUCAGAAGACUUACGAGCAAAUGCCCUGACGACUUCAACCCGAUAAUGAAUGAAACAGACUCUGGUAAUAUCUUGGAUGACAAAAAUGGACGGAUCAAAUCAGCAACGGUUCAAUCUCGUGAAGAAGUUCAAACCCAAAGAAUCCGCCGUACAAUGAAUGAAAACCCCGUAGCAUUUUUUGCUGGGCUCAGUCAACAUCUCCCCCAUAUGGGAGCGCACCAACCGAUUACCUUUGAUAAUGUGAUAACAAACAUAGGUAAUGCUUACAACAGUCAUCUUGGUUCCUUCAUUGCCCCAGUGUCUGGUACAUACGUCUUCUCUACUACCCUCUUCUCUAUUUACAAGGAAAGCUACCACGCGCAAUUCACUAAGAAUGGACAUGCUAUUUCCACAAUAUAUCUGAGUGCUUCAGAAAUAUCAGGAUACGACACAGCGAGUCAAACUAUCAUUCUAGAAUUACAGAAGGGUGAUGACGUCACCGUGCAAAACACUGACGCAGACAAAACAGUACACGGCUUGAACCACAGCAUAUUCUCUGGUUUUCUGCUGCAGGAAGAUAUUUCGAGCUCGGUCAUCGUCGGGAAAUGAAAUACCAGUUUAUUGAUAUGUUAUUCUUACAUUACGUACAAUAAUAUCAA